UAAGUGAAAGUAACUGAAAGGCUUCAUGUUCCUGGCCUUUGCAACACCUAUUUGUAGACUAUGAAAAUGUAAUAAUAAACUGGCGCAUACUGACGGUAGAUUUGCCUAGAUUUCUUACCUCGGUGCCUCAGUUUGUCUCUCUUUCGGCUUUAGGCGCAGCCACACCUGAUAUCACACACCUCUACGGGGAUAUCUUGCUGAAACUCGGGGAUUUGGGUGAAGUCUCCAGCAUCUGUGUUGAAUAUCGCCUGGGUUCGUUCGUUUCCGUCCUCUGUCUGUCCCGGCGUCCGCCUCUCUCAACAUCGUUUCGAAAGUGAAAGCAGCUUGUAGGAGCAGGUCGGACGAUCUGAUGGGCUGCCCGGCUGAAACCUUACAUCCGAAAAAAACGACAAACCUUCAGUAAUCUAAACAUGUCAACACGCUCAUCUGAAAGACAACAGCAUGUGCGUGUCGAAAUGUUGAGAGAGAAACUAGACAGCCUCGCCGUCUCAGAUUACCAUGGCCUGAAAAGUCCAGGUCUGACAUGCUAUUUGAACAGCGUGCUCCAGGUGCUUUUUAUGACCGAAGACUUCCGGGAGGCCAUGAAAGGAUACCGCAGUAAAGACUCGACAACCAUCGACGCACAUCUGGGAAGAUUGUUUGAUGAUUUACAGAAAAAUGUCGCCAGAACAGAUGACAUCAUUAAGAAACUGGGAAUCAAGGACGUGUACGAGCAACAUGAUGCUGCUGAGUAUUUUGAGAAGCUCCUGCGUCUGACCAAUCCGGAGGCUACUCAGAUGUUCAAAGGAGAGCUGAAACACAAGGCCACAUGCCUCGAGUGCGAGGAAAGGAACGACUCCACGAGCUCUUUUUGGAUUCUGUCCCUCGCGGUGAAAGAUUUGCGCCAUCGGACCAACAGCGUGGGGAAAGGGUUGACGGCAUUGUUCAAGGGAGAAAAUGUCUGCAGGGACAACAAGAUGUACUGCAACCGGUGCAAUGAAAAACGAGACGCGGACUUUGGAUGUGAGAUCACACGAAGUCCGGAGAUUUUGACCCUCCUGCUGAGGAGGUUCAGCUUUGACUACAAGAGCGGGUGUUACGUCAAGCUUCACAGUGAAGUGGAAGUCCCUCAGACUUUACACAUACAGGAUUGCCAAUAUAACCUCUACGCCUUAGUUCACCACUUUGGAACUCUAAAAGGGGGCCACUACACUGCACAGAUCAAAUCUUUCGAGACUAAGGCGUGGUAUUGCUUCAAUGACACCAUUGUUGAAGGGUUCAAACAACCACCGUUUGGAGCUGGACACAAGUCUCUGAGCUCUUGUACAGCCUACUUGCUCAUGUACAGGAAGGUGAGCAGACAGGAAGCUCUCUGUGCACCUUCACAUGUCGAUGCCGAUGAGUCAGAAGGAGGAGAAGGAGGUCUUGUUCCUGAUCAUCAACGGAUGAACGAAAGCGGCAGCAGUCGGGAAAACUUGAGGCACCUGAAUGGCGCUACGUCAAAGAAGAACACUUCAAAGGUUUUGGAGAUACUGGCAAACAUUCCAAGGGAGGUGAAAAAUCAGCUAAACCAAAGAGCGGCGAGCAUGAGGGCACACAAAGAGAUGUCGCUUCAAACAGACACAGGAGCAGAUAAAGUGAGUUACAAACCGAGCUGGCAAACACCAAAGCCGGAUUUUGGAAAGCCGAAAAAAGAACAGAAAAGCCAGGAGCCAGACAGGCAGACACAGGAGCACAUGCAAGAAUGUAACACUAGAGGUCGCCACACAGUGCAGAAGGUAAACGAGUCAGCUAGGGAGAUGCAGAUGAAUGUUUUUGCAAAGACUGGGAUGAGCGUAACUGAUAGUAGCCUGACAAGAUAUGGAGUCAAACCUGCAGCAGACUCGGAGGAAAUGCAGCUUGAUGUGGCACCAACGGUGACAAAGAGAGGAAGUGCAAGUCGUAGAAUGAAAAUAAAUGCAGCACAGAGCGCUGACAAAGCCAAAACAGAGCAAUGGCGGUUUUGAAAUGAUGAGGAUAAUAUCUGAAUCUUUGAGUGGCGCAUGAUUUUUUUUGUCACUUGGAAUAACCUGUUUUCUGAAACACUGAAAAUAUUGUUUGAUUUCAUCAGUAUGACGCAUGCAAACCUCAUUAUUUGGGCCGUGCAUCCUGUGCUGCUUUCAGCUGUUAGAGAUAAACUGACUGUGAUCUGUGUUGCCUGUGUGCACUUGCAGCAUUUGUAUAAGGCGGGCACCUUGGUGAAGAAAGCCCAUCAGCGUCUCUCCCAACUCGUAUGCCUACGGGCAUGUACAUUGAGAGGGUCAUUAAGACUUCACCAACAGACUCUCAUCUCUCUCUUGUUUCAUGUAUUUGCUAGAUUCCUUUAGAUUUUAUCGUUGGAUUCAUCUUAAUUCUAUAUAUCUACUUGUUAGGCUCAUUCAGGAGUAAUCAGCACUUUCACUAUAUGUUGUACUGUGUGUGACUGUAUAUGUGACAAUAAAACUUCGUUGAUUUGAACUUUCACACACGA